AUGAACAAUUUACAAUUAAAAUUAGAUGCAUUUUGGAAUAAAAACAAAUCUUCGAAUAAUUGUGUUACACAUCCAACAGAAAAUGAAAUUCAUAUGUUACUGUCGAGUUCAUUUCCAUCAUUAGAAACUGUUGAAGCACAAACAAGAACCUGUGAAAAUGAAUUUAUAUUUAGUAAUGAAGUUAUAGGUGGUGAUGAAGUUACAGUUGGUGGUGAAGUUAUAGCUGGUGAUGAAGUUACAGUUGGUGGUGAAGUUAUAGCUGGUGAUGAAGUUACAGUUGGUGGUGAAGUUAUAGCUGGUGAUGAAGUUACAGUUGGUGGUGAAGUUAUAGUUGGUGAUGAUCUUACAGUUGGUGAUGAAGCUGAAGUUGAAAAUGGACUUGUAGUUAGAAAUGAUGCUGAAAAUGAAGAUGAAAUUAAAAUUAUUAAUGAACCAUCAUGUAAUAAAUCAUUAAGUUCAAAAAACGAUCAAAAUAAAAAUUCAUCAGUUGGUGUUAAAGAAUGUUGCAAUAAGAAAAUAAAACCUGUUCGUUCUAACCACCGUACAAAAUACAAAUCUUCUUGGGAAUUAUUAACUGAUGCACAAUACAAAACGUAUAUAUUUGAUCAUUGUGGUGAACGACAAGAAAAGUUCUCAUGUUGGUUGUAUUACAUGAAUAACUCGAUGCAUUGUAGGUUAUGUGAAAAGUUUGGUAAAACCAAAAACACGAAUGGAAAAGAUAAUGUAUGGUGUGGAACAGGAAUGAGUACAAUAUCUUUAGACAAAAUUAAACUCCACAAAGAUAAGAGUGACGUUCACAAACAGGCAGAGGAUCAAGAAUUGAUAAUUUCUUCACAAGCUCAACCUGAUUGGUAUAAAACUCAACAGCAACAAUUCAGAGUAAAUCUUCUACCAGCUGAAGUUUCAGGAGUAACGUAUCGAAAUGAUACAGCUGCCUUAUGUUUUCUACAACAUAUUGCUGCUGUUUUACAUCAAGAUUUAAUUGAGAAGAUCAAGAAUAGUACUUCUUUGGGAUGGAUGUUGGAUGAAUCAACAUCCAGAACUACUGAAAAAUCCUGUAUCAUUUAUGUCCGUUAUGUUGAAAAUUAUGAGGCUAAAACAGCAUAUUAUGGGGUGAUAAACUUGGAUGGUGAUGGUAGUGCUGGUAAUAUUAUUAAAGCCUUAACCAGCAUGUGGGAAAAGGAUGGUCUUCAUCCAACUAACUCUUGCUGGUUAGCUACAGAUAAUGCAGCAACGUUUACUGGCAUUCACGAAGGUGUUAUUGCAAAACUCAAGCGUCAUUUAUCUGCAGAAUGGUUAGAAUCAACUCCAUGUGUUGCUCAUUCAUUCGCACUUGUUGGUAGUGAAGCAUCAUAUUUACAAAAGUCUACCCAUACUCAAAAACCAAUUCGUGCUGAGUCUGUUGUUAAACUAGAAGCGACAAUUACUGACAUUUACAAUUAUUUUGGAAGAAGCAGUAAUCGUCAGUUUAGAUUGAAAUCUUGGCAGGCAUUUAUGGAAAUGCCAGAAAUAAAAAUGAAAAAAAUAUUUGAUAUUAGAUGGUCAUCUAUCAGUGGUUGUAUUAAGCCAAUUGUCGAUAAUGUUUAUCCAGGUUCACAAGCACUUUUAACUUGUCUUCAACAAAUUAUGUUGAACACUAAUUCAUCUAAUACAGAACGUGAAAAUGCUAAAAAUUUAUUAAACUCGAUUUUAGAAGAUGAAUUUUUAUUUCUGUUGCAUAUGCAUCAUGAUCUACAUGAAAUAGUACUAAGUCCUAUAACUAAAAUUAUGCAACAUGACAACCUUUCAUAUUUUUAUUUGAUGGAAACUAUAGCUGAAAAAAGAAAAAUUUUGAGUUGCUGGGCAUCUGAAUCAUCAUCGAGUAUGGGACCAGCAUUAUGUGAUUACAUCGAAUUUACAGAACCAGGAUCUUUUGGUGGAUUUAAAAUCGAAUUAGGUGAUAGAAAAAAGUUUCGAAAAGAUUGUCGUGAACAUGUAGAACGAUUGAUUCAACAAUUAGAUAAACGUUUUAAGCCUUCUAUCGUACAAGAAAGCUUAUGUAUAUUAUUUGAUCCUCAACAUCUCAUAAAAAACAAAGCAAUGUUGGAUUCCAUUGAUUAUGGUCGAUCUCAAUUAAAUUUUCUUCGUGGAAAAUAUAAAAAUUUUCCGAGAUUUGAUUCUAAUGUAGUUAGACAUGAGUGGGAGUCACUUAAGCCCUGUAUAAGUGACUUUAUACAAAAUUCGUCAUCUAUCAAUACAGAUAAAUUAUUUUGGAAAACUUUUGUUGCUUUAAAACAAUCGACGAAUAAUGAUUUCCUUCGUGAAUAUAAAAAUAUACUGAUUUUACUCAAUAUUUAUCUUACUUCAUCAACAAAUUCAGCUGAAUGCGAACGAGGAUUUUCAGCUAUGAAUCGUAUUCAGACAAUCGGAAGAUCUCGGUUGAUGAUAUCAACAUUGGAUACACUUAUGACAGUGCGAAUGCUUCUAAAGGAUGAUAUUAGAAGUGCUAGAUGUCAAUAUAUUGUAACAGAAGCAUUCAAAUCAUGGAACUCUAAAGAUUGUCGACGUCGUCUUCAUGAAAUUCAAGUGUUGGGAGAUGUCAGUGAUGAUUAUCAACCGGUGAAGCAAGUGCAAGAAGUCGAAAGACUUGAAAUCAAAAGCAAUUAA